GCACCAGCGGAGAUAGCAGGGAAUCAUUCGUUAAUCUCCUCAGGCUAACUCGCUCUCGGCUUUGGUUCGGAAUGGAAACAUCGACUUUUACGCGGAGCCAACGCAGCUCCAUUGCGCACAACUUUAAGAGCGCGCUCUCGCUCUGGCUGGUUGUCUGGCUUGUCGUGGUUAAGCCCGUGCCUGCGCAGAACUGCCCUCAUCGGUGCGUGUGCUACCCGACCCCCAUGACCGUGAGCUGCCAGGCGCAAAACUUCACCAUUGUGCCCACCGGCAUGCCCUACGAAUCCCAGCGCGUUUUUCUGCAAAACAACCGCAUCACUGAACUGAGAGUGGGGUCCUUUGCUUUUGGCACACAGGUCUUGUGGCUCUUCUCCAACAACAUCACCUGGAUCGAGGCUGGUGCCUUCAGUGAGCUGCGUGAUCUGGAGGAGCUCGAUCUGGGCGACAACCCUCACCUGCACCGCCUUGAGGGCGGAGCUUUCCGUGGCCUGGAGAAGCUCCAGAGCCUCCACAUGCACCGCUGCCGCCUGGCCGCCCUCCCCCAUGACAUCUUCCACAAGCUCUACAGUCUACAGUUCCUCUACCUGCAGGAGAAUCAACUCCACUUCAUCCAGGAUGAUCUCUUUGCUGACCUGAUCAACCUCAGUCAACUCUUCCUGCAUGGCAACCGCAUCCGCACUCUGUCCGAGAAUGUGUUCCGUGGCCUGGUCAACCUUGACAGGUUGCUGCUUCACGACAACAGGGUCCGUCAGGUCAACCGCCGUGCUUUCCGCGACCUGGGCCGACUGACCAUGCUCUUUCUCUUCAACAAUUCCCUGGCAGAGCUGCCCGGUCAGGCCAUGCACGACAUUGCCUCCAUCCAGUUUCUGCGGCUGAACAACAACCCUUGGGCAUGCGGCUGUGAGGCUCGCCCUCUGUGGGAGUUCUUCCGUGGCGCCCGUCUGUCCAGCUCCGAGGUGCUCUGCGCCUCCCCAGCCCCUCGUCGCGGACAGGACCUGCGUUUCCUGAGGGAGAUGGACUUUGCACUCUGCCCCCUCCCUGACCCCGGCUCCCUUGGUGGCACGACCACCACCACUUUCAGUACCAAGACCCGCUGGUGGUUCUCCAAGAACAAGCCUGUCAGCACCUCCAAGGGCAUCUUUGAGAAGAGUUCUGAGACCAAGGCAUACCCCUUCCCUGGAGGAAAACCCUCAAUUACAUCUACAUCCACAAAGUAUGAGCUUGGGGAUGAAGAGGCUCUUCUUCCCAAGCUUGACCCAGAAGAGUACUGGGCCAACUAUGGCAAUGAAGAUGCAGGCAUCACCUCCCUGCGCUGCUUUGAGCUUGAGUGCCCACCCGAAUUCGACUCUCUGCCCCCCUCCUCCUCUACCUCUCGCUCCUCAACUUCUUCUCUCUUGCUACUCUCCAUGUCUGUCUUGACUGUCUGUAUCUAUCUUCUUUUUGGCUGAAUCUAUCAACCUCUGAAGAACCCUUAUCCCCCUCAUUUUUUCUCCUCUCUGGAGGUGGGAAAACCCUGUUUGCUCAAUUUAACUCUUGAAUUCCUUGAUUCCUGUUACCAUCAACCUCACCUGUAUCUUUGUUCUGUUCAGUUUGAGCCUCUAGUUCUUGGCAUCUAGAGGGCACUACACUGAUUUAGGAUACGGGGGUAAGCAGGGAACAUUGGGCAGUACAGGCCCUUCAUGGAAAAUAAUGAAAGAUGUUCUGAGGGCUUGGUUAGUGAAGCAGAUACACUGACCUUCUUUUUUGAGGGCACAUGUACUCAGCACCAUCUCUGUCACAGUCAGUGCAGACAGAGAGAUAUGAAUCUCCAUCUUAGGUUUAUGUACAAUAUUUGUAUGCUUCUUACUAUUCAGCCAUUCUUAAGUGCUUCAAUGAUAGUUAGUUGUAAUUAUAGCUUGUAAUGUCAUCACGACAACCUCUCACUAACUUUCCAGCUAAUGCUGUUACUGCUAAUGCCAUAGCUCCAUUUACAGCACCGUUAACUACCGACUAUCGGAAGGGCCUCAAAAUUAUUCAGGGCUAGAAGAGCAAAAAACAAAAGGUGUAAAGGAGCAAAGUGAAACACAGAAAGUGAAGCAAGGAGCUAAGAAGAAGAGGUAGAGAUCACCAAAAUCAUGGUAAGAUAGGUGCACAGAGAGAGAGAUAGAGUACACACAAGAGAAGGUGAAAGAUUUUAUUACAUCACCCACCAUGACAGCAAUUAUCACUUGUGUAAAUACAACAUCUCGGCAGAGAGAGAGCUGUAAAUAGUGCUACGAAAUGCCUUAUGUUUGUCACUGUUCUGAUUGGCCAAGAAUGUCACUGUGGGUAAUGUCAGUUGUGCUAUUUUUACAGCCAGUGCAUGGAAAGAUCAAUCAGUGGCACAAGAGUGUUCUUAAUUUUUGUUUGGCUGUAUAUCUUUCGAAAUACUGUUAACAUGUUGUGUCUUAACUGUCAAAUAGAUUCACUACAUCUUUCCAAGACUUUGUUUAUUCUUUGUUUUUUGUUUUUGUUGUUUUUUGUUUUUGUAUGUGCAAAUGCUUCUUUUCUCACUAACUGUGAGAUAUUGGAAAACUCCAUCCUUUUUUAUUUUAACUAUUAAUUUAGAUCAGUAGUCAAUAGCCAGUCAAAACAUAAUUGGCAUUAUGCGAAAACUAGGACAUACUCCAAGGAAAAAGCAAUAAAUGGACACUGAAGAAAGAAUGAGAUCAUUUCCUAAGUGUGAAGGUAAUGCAGACUUUAUAGCUGAUAGAGCUUUGGCAUCACUACUGUUCCUUAAAGUGGAUUGACUAGUGGGCAAAGCUGAUUGGUAAAUCAAUAAGACAUGCUUAUUGACAGAUUGGUAGACUGAAUAAUGUCUAUCAUUGGUCAUAGAGGACUUUGUCUGGUCUGCUGUCUGCUGCUCUUCCUUCCCUUGCUUUGUCUUUCUCUCCAAGUUUGUCCUUUGCGAGGCAUUGCCUAUUCCCCUAUCCUCCUCCUUUUUUUAACAAUAUACAGGGCUAUUGAGAAUCAAAUUGAUAGGGCAAGGAAAAGAGGAGAGAAAGAGUAAAGUAAAAGGAGAGAAAGAGUGGAAAGCAGGGGCGGAUGUGGGUGGUAGAGAUGAAAAGAUAGAAUAAUAAAGGAUGGACAUGUGAAUAAAUAAGGAGACGUGAAUUCUAAUGUAGAAAAUUCCUCUUCCAAGGAAAGUGAUACAAUGGAUUGAAAAUGUGUUUUUGGUUUCACCGAUUAUCUUCAGGGGCCAAAACAAGAAUACCAAUCAAUGAAUGCAGCUAGAUUUUGUCUUUAGGUUUUUACUGUUAAUUCUAGCAAUAUAUUGUCUUAUGUUUACCUUGAGAUAGAACAGAAACAAAUAAUACUGCCAUUUUCCCCCACAGGAGUUCCGCAAUGUUGCCAUGACACAUUUUUGUCUUAUAACUGUUUGUGUUAAGUGUGUGUGUUAUGUAAAUAUCAGGCGGGCGGGUAAGGUCAAACUGCCUUGAGGUGCUCUCGAGUGACCAUAUUUGUGAGGUCGCUCACAGAUGACCAAAGCAUUAGUUAUACCUUUUUACCCCUGAAUGUGUGCAUCAUGUGCACUUGAAUGUAAGACUGUGAAAGAAUGAGCUGUUGAAAUCUUUUCACUAGAACAAAAAAGU